UCCAAAGCCAACGGAAACCGAACAUCCCGUUCGCGAUAUGGUGGAUGUGGUAAAUUAUCUUUUCUACGUGCACAGAUGUCCACACGUGUUGUUUUCACCGUGUAAUGUUUCUCGGGAGAAUUAGUCGUACCUGUAAAUAUUACGAGAUCUCGUACUGACGGCAAUCCGAAUGUGGUUCUUGAGAUAUGUUGUAUUUAAAUGCUGCACUGACAGGGGCUAUCGACAUGAAGGUUACUGUAAUAACCAACACCGGAACCGAGUGGAGUGUAGACAUCUUACCUGAGUACACCGUCGAAAAAUUGAAACAGAUGGCGCUAGCUCAUUUCUUUAACCCUCUUGACUGCGUGAAAUCGUCGGAAUAUUAUAAACUAAUAUCAGUCUCACAAGGGCGAACACUUUCUGACCUCAGCUCUGUCAGAGCUGAACGCUUGUCUGAAGGUGAUGAACUGUUGCUGAUGAAGAAAAACCCAGUUCCUGUAUCCAAAGUGGAAAAGCCAGGCGAUCCAACCAAGGACGAAAAGCUGUACUCCGUGGACAAAGCUGCGAUUGAUUAUGCCACAGCAAACAUUGAGCCUCUCAACUUUGACAAGAAGUCGGAGGACGUUCCUGUUCUCGUUGACUUUCACACUGAGCUGAGGAAGAUACUGGUAUCGUUAGUCGAAAUAUCCGAAAAGUUGUUGCGGAAUCAUCCUGAUGUACAGCAAAUUUUCAAAAACCUGCCAGAGAAACUUAAAGCAGCCACGUCGGAUUGCAUUGACCCUAGUGCACUGAAGCAGCUGAGGGACAUGGGGUUUGAAGAAAACCAAUCUGUGCAUGCACUGCAAGAAAACAACAGGAUGUGUCCAGCAUCUGCAGCAGAGUGGUUACUGUCCAAACCCGAAAAGGCUGAAGGAAGCCAGGCUAAGCCAUCUACUGCAAGUGCCACGACAAAAGACAGCGAUGAAAGCUUACCUUCCAGCUCUCGCACAAAAGAAACAACGAGGAGUUGCCAUCACAAAGGAGUUGCAAUGGCCAUGUUAGAAUGCUUUCAAGAAUACAAGAGGGCCGACUUUAAGCCAAACAAACGGGCUGCGAGCAACCUUGUAGAAAUGGGAUUUUCCGAAACCGAGGUCCUGGACGCAUUGAGGAUCAAUUGCAAUGGCCAGGAGUCAGCCUGUGAGUGGCUUUUGGGCGAUAGGAGACCAACUGCAGCAGACCUCCAAGUGGGUCUCGACCCAGAGAGCAGCAUAUACCGUGCUAUUGUUGCCAAUCCUGUUGUACAGUUAGGACUCUGCACUCCAAAGACCUUGCUAGCUUUGCUCCAGAUGCUGGAGAACCCGAGCUGUGCAUCCCGCUGGCUCAACGACCCUGACACUGCCCCAAUCUUGAGCCAAAUAUUUUGCAUCUAUCAUGCUGAACAACACUCUAUGCAACUAGCAAGACCCUUUGCCCACUAGCGGAACUACUGGCAACUUGCUCGGCUGAAAGCUGUCUCUACCAACAAAGAGGGGAACUCUCUUCUGUGCCAUAUCUCGAUAAUAUUGUGGUUAUGACACUUUUGGAGCUUAGAUGUUUGUUUUUUUUUCUCCCGUCAGAGUGAUCCGUGCUGGGGUUGGAUUAAUAUACACACUGACUUGCCCAAGCCGUACACAUUGUUUUAUCUGAACAAAACAAGGCAGUAAUUACGUAACUUAGAGCAAUGUAACGGGCCAUAAUUGAAGCCCCUAGCUUCCUGCGACGGAAAAUUUGUAUUUCCGCGAAGUGGGAUUUACAAAUCCGCAGGCAAGAGAAAACGAGCGGAACAACGUUGCUGCAUUCUCCCCGAGAUCGAGUACUUAAUCGCUGUGCGUGCUUUUGCAACCUUUCACGACUUUUCAAUGCACGAAGAAAAUUAUACUCGGCUCUGACAAUUUCUAUCCCUGCAUUCCUGUCGUUAAAUUUUCUCGCGUCGCGGUACGUUUAGCUGUGUGGGUUCCAGAAGCGUCAGUCACGUCAGGCAUUGUAGUCGCGACCAAUCACGUUUAACCUGCAAAAAUGUCGCAGAUCGAUUGAAAUCUGUACGUAAUUCUGUAAUAUAUCAAAUUUUCCACAAAAAAAAAAAACACGAUUCUGAGGGAAGCAGCAGGUUCCGCAAGACAUGCGGAUUCGCGGAAGUCUAGGGGCUCUAGACAUCGUACUACAUAGUGUUUUCUCAGUGCAAUGUGCUGGUGUACGGCUUGAGUGGAUCAUUGUACAGUAGCUGUAGCACUAGGAAUGUACAUGGUUCCUAUAUGAUGUUUUUUGCAAUGUAAUUGUUCAGUUGCAUAUCUCGCAUAAUUUAUGACAGAUUUUAUUGCUGAAUCAGCGACAACCCUCUAGGGCCUGUAGCCAGCACGUAACAUAAUACUAUAUACAUAUAUAUAUAUAUACUAGAGUGAUCACGAUUUGUGACUUUAGGACUACACGCGGAACAUGAGAGUUCUGCAGAUGGCACAUGCGGAACGCAGUCAAGCAUCAACGAUCUUAUAUUCUGGGGCACACAAAGAGGACCCAAAGAACCCAUCACCAAAGUGGUGCGCAAUCAACUCUCGGAACAUGUGCAUUAAAGAAAUACAUAUUUAUCAUUGCCUGUGUGUUCACAAGAUUAGGAUGCAACCACAAGAUGUCACUUCUCCCGUUUUCAUUUUACGGAUGUUGGAAUACGGUUGUUCUUAGUCUAGUUAUGGGAUUCACGAUACCGCAGCCAGGCACCAUAGUAGAAAUACCCUGGAAGAUGUAUUGCCGGGUAUCCGCCGCGCCACACUGGUUCUCAUCAUGACGAGACUUACGUAUCACGGUCAGAUUGUAUUUAUGUAAUGGCGACAUUUACGCAUUGCACACGAUUUCUGGCUCAGGUGUUCAAAUAUAAUCCGACAAGCACAGCAGGAUUCUUGAGAAAGUACCAAGACACAGUACCGUACAACCCAAAUUUAACGGGUUCGAGUUGUCUCACUGUCACAUUUAUAUAUUUGCUCAAAUGAAACAGACGAGAUCAAAUGUACACCAUGAAUAAUAUUAUAAACAUGAGCAUUUCUAGAUACCACCAUCAGCCCUGAUGGUUCAAAUGGUAGUAAACAAUACUGGUCUUGGGAACCAGCACUGGGAAGUACAUGGAAUGAGCCACGUUCUAAUAUGAGAGGGAACUAGUUACUUUGAAAUAAGUAUUCAAUUCACUAGGAAAGUAUUAGCUUUUAUUACGGGCACUAUCAUUCACGCCAGGGAUACUUUGUACCCAUUGAUAGACGGACUAGUGGUAGAGUUAGAAAAAUUUGUUCCUUCAUGUUUCCACACCAUUCACUCUAACCUCUAAGUAAAGGUGCAUAUGCGCAAACACAUUUACUCGGAGGCACUAAUUUGCUACUGUAUUAAUUACCUACUUACAUACAAGAAGUAUUCAAAGUAUUUUCAACCUAUCUCUUUGGAAGUAACAUAAUUAAAGUUACAGUUCUUGCAAGAUUAAUAGAGUAUUGAUUAAACAAAACAAAAUUUUAAUUUAGAGGCCAAGAGUACCCCUGUGACUACUACUGACCUUAAUGCUUCUACCUACCCUUUCUCAGUUCAUUUCAUAGUUCAUAUGAAAGUUCAUAGUUCAGUUCAUAUUAUUCGGAUAAUGUCAUAGGGUAAUUCCAGUGCAGCUCAGAGCAGCUGUCAAGUUAGCCCACUACAAAGGAAGGACGUAGUUCGAAGAGAAUAAAUUUUGAACAGCCCAUAUUAGUGAUUCUCAUGCUGUAACAUUGUGCAAUGUUUAGGUGUGUGUAUACAUAUUUUCAUUAAAACUGCCGUCUUCUUUGCACGA